AUGUGCAUUUGUAAGGUCUGUGGAAAGAAGGCAGAUAAAUCGGUUGUGGAAAACUGGGUGCAGUGUGAUGAAUGUGAACUUUGGUUUCACUUCGCAUGCGCUGGUGUAGACGAAAGUGUGCAGCAUCGUGAUUGGAGUUGUGCUUCCUGUGUUAAGGAAACUAACAUCACAGGACCAGGGCAUACAAGCACAAUGCAGCAGACAAAUGCAUCGGCUGAUUCAUCAUCAGAAGGGACACAAUCUGAACCAGUUGUACAGCAAUGUGCGCUAUCAAUUGACAUCGUCCUUCAAGACAACUUACUACAGGUGGGCGAACAUCUCCCAUCGCAAGGUCGAUCGAGCGAGGGCAAUCGUCAACAUCAACUUAUGAUGGCUAUGCUUGAAGAGAAACGGGCUGCAGAGGAGCGCUUCAUAGAGCAAAAGUAUCAGCUCCUUGCUCAAAUGAACACUGCCGGCACAUCCGUGCCAAUUACCCAGUUUACAGCCAGCUCUGCACCUUCCCCUUCGCAAAUAGCAGCCAGGCAAGCCAUACCGAAAGAGUUGCCAAUCUUUAGCGGCGACCCGGAAGAAUGGCCGAUGUUCAUCAGUACGUUUGAGCACAGUACAUCUAUAGCAGGGUUUUCGAAUGUGGAAAACAUGUUGCGUUUACAGCGGUGUCUUAAAGGUAAGGCACGUGAAUUGGUCAAGGACAAGUUGCUCCUUCCAACGAUGGUUCCUGAUGUUCUCAACACGCUUAAGAUGUUUUUUGGCAGGCCUGAGCACAUUCUGGAAAGAAUGAUUACGAAGGCGAGAAAGAUACCUCCUCCGAAAGAAAGGCUUGAGUCGCUCAUAGAAUUCGCACUAGCUGUUCGUAACAUCUGUGCAACGAUGCAAACCUGUAAGCUCGAGCAACACUUGAACAACCCAAUGCUGGUGAAAGAGCUGGUUGAUAAGUUACCUAAUCAGCACAAGCUCGCUUGGGCGAUGUACCCACGCGAUGGUUCACCAUCUAUCCAGCAAUUCAGCGACUGGCUAUAUCGUAUAGCCGAAGCAGCAUCGACCGUAGUAUCACCUGCUGUCAUCUACAAAACAAGCUCCGUGAACACCCACAGCAGCAGCAAUAGUGUACAGACAAGAAAUGACAUACGACGUGGCCAGAACUGCUCGCAUGCAGAGAACCGCUCUCUGCUCCAGUCAAAGCAGUAUACAGUGAAAUGCGUCGCGUGUGGUACGACUGAUCACUACGUCGCACUGUGUCCAACCUUCAGGGACUUGUCAGCAAACGAGAGGUGGCAGAUGGUAAAAAAGGAGAAAGCUUGUUAUCGUUGUCUGAAGUCUCACCGCAAGGGCUGUUUCUCUAAAAAGACUUGUGGCGUAAACGGCUGUUCAAAGAAGCAUCACCCACUGCUGCAUAGCGAGGGUAACGAAGGCACAAAUAAGCUAGAGAACGAUCAGGCCGUGGUAAGCACGCAUCAUGCUGAUAACACCAGCAGUCAGUACUUUCGCAUGAUACCAGUGCAGCUUCAUGCAGCAGGUAAGACAAUUAACAUUUUUGCGUUUUUGGACGAAGGGUCGUCUAUGACACUCAUUGAUGGGUCAACAUUCAAAAAACUUGGCAUAAAGGGGGUACCGUCACCAAUAUGUCUACAAUGGACGAGCGAAACUACUCGUAACGAGAGCACAUCGGUGCGAGCGUCAGUCCAAAUAUCCGCACCAGACUCCAAUAAACUGUUUUGGCUGAACAAUGUGCAUACCGUUCAGAAUCUGGCUUUACCAAAACAGUCUAUGAAAGCUAGCGAGUUACGAAGCAGCUAUCCCUAUUUAAGGGAUAUACCUUUGCCUUCGUAUGAUGACAUCCAACCAACGUUGCUCAUAGGAGCAGACAAUUGGAAAAUUGCAGUUCCACGCAGAAUACGCGAAGGUAAGCGGCAUGAGCCGAUCGCUUCCAAGUGCUUGUUGGGAUGGAGCAUCCAAGGUACGUCGACUGCAGCAACCUACGUGACAAUGCAUCACUGCGAAUGCACAUGGCAAGAGUUACACGACAUCGUUAAAGAGAGCUUCAGCUUGGAGUCAGUGAAACUACAAAACUUACAAUCAAACGAUGACAAGCGGGCUAUUGAGAUUCUCGAUCGAACGUGCAUUAAAGUAGACGGACGAUUCGAAGUCGGACUGCUAUGGCGCGACGAGGACUACAGUCUACCUGAAAGCUAUAACAACGCGGUUAGUCGUCUCAACUGUUUAAAAAAUAAGAUUAAACGUGAACCCGAAUUAUACGACAAAAUCGAUAACCAAAUCCGCAAUUUAAUACAAAAGAAUUAUGCAGUUGAACUCUUAAAGACCGAUAUGGCGAUCAACAACAAGCAUAUCUGGUAUCUACCGAUCUUUAUAGCAAAAAAUCCCAACAAGCCGAACAAGGUAAGACUUGUGUGGGAUGCGGCAGCGAAGUCUCACGGUUCAGAGUUGGGGAACAUCGCCGAGAUGUUCCACAGAAUCAACAUUCGCAAAGAAGAUAUGCAUGCGCAACGCUUCUUAUGGUAUGACCAAAUCAGUGGGCAAACGAAGGCAUAUGUAAUGUGUGCGAUGACCUUCGGAAUAAACUGCGGUCCAUGUAUUGCGCACUACGUCCGGAAUAAAAAUGUCGAACAAAAACGUCAGAAAUAUCCCAGUGCAUAUGAGGCCAUUCAAAAUGCGCACUAUGUGGACGAUUACAUCGACAGCGCCGAAAACGAAGAAGCAGCAUUCGCAGUAGCAGAUGAAGUUCGAAGUGUUCAUCGAGUCGGUGGAUUUGAGAUCCGAAAUUGGGCAUCGAAUUCUCCCAAUGUCCUCAGACAGCUAUCAAAUAUUGACCCAGCAGUGCAAAGUCCCGUCCAGUUCUCAGAGACCGAAAAGGUGCUGG